CCUCAGAGGCCUGUUCUAUUAAGACUUGCAGUUUCAUUUAAAGGCGCCCGAAGCUUGCUGAGGUCACAAAGGCUCUCCGACGUAAUCCAAAAUGGCUCUUACGAAGGUCUCGUUUGGCGCUGCCGGCAUCCCUGGCUAUGAGAUCGGCGACAAGAGCCUACCUGCAGUGAUUUUGAUUCAGGAGUGGUGGGGCGUGACCGAAAUCAUUAAGUACCAGGCCGAGCAGCUAAGCAAGCAGGGCUUCCGCUGCCUCAUCCCCGACCUUUACAAGGGCAAGAUCGGCGUGGACGCCGAGGAGGCCUCACACCUGAUGAACAACCUGGACUUUAAGAACGCGGUGGACGAGCUGAAGCAGGCCGUGGACUACCUCCAGGCCACCGGCUCGCCCAAGGUGGGCGCCACGGGCUUCUGCAUGGGCGGCGCGCUCGCCUUCUGCGCCGCGCAGCACGCGGGUGUGGCCGCGGCCGCGCCCUUCUACGGCACCCCCAACCCGGCCAUCUGCCAGGUGGAGAAGAUCACCGUGCCGGUGGAGGCACACUUCGGUCUGCUGGACGCGGUUCAGGGUUUCUCGGACCCCGCCACCGCCAAGGCGCACGAGGAGAAGAUGAAGGCCGCAGGCGUGCCCGCCACCUUCUUCUUCUAUGAUACCGCUGGCCACGGCUUCAUGAACGCACUGGUGCCCGAUGGCCCCGAGGCGCUGAAGAAGCACGGCUACCCUGUGCCCGGCGAUGAGGAGCUGAAGACGGCGUUUGACCGCCUUGUGGCACUGUUCAAGAAGCACCUGGCGUAAAUACGGUAAAUGUGAUGAGCGUGCGAGCAGCCUCUUUCUUGUCGUUCGCAUAAUGAGAGGUUAAGGCAUGCUAUGUGCAUUAGCAAAGGAGAGGCAUGCCAUACGGCAUACGGCGUGCAACAUGCAUCGUACAGUGUAUGAGAGGAGUGUGAACAAACAUGCAACUCGGAAGACGGUGUGCAUGAGCGGUUGCUCGAGAGGAUGGGAUUGAUUAUAUGCUUGGUAACGCUGACAAAAAAUGGGCGGUCUGCCAUUGUAUCUGAAGGAUGACUCAGGGUAUUCAUCCCCUCGAUCCUGAAGUGGGGGCGUGCCAGCAAUCCUUGCUGCAAGCCAUUCCAGACUCCGCCGCGAGCGAUACCCACCCUCUACAAGGCCCAUGGGCCUGUAGGUUGGGCACGCAUGGCACAUGUAAAUGAGCUGCAAUGA